AUGCGUACCACACAGAGGCAAUGGCAAAAACUUACCACCUGGGUUCCACCACCGACCGUCCGACGUUUGAAUCUGUCCCGAUUCGGAUACGACGAGUCGGCUUGUCUUGUUGGUCGAAAAUUCAGCCCCUCCAGUUCAGACUACACUUCCCGCAUGAGCUCAGUUGAGGCAGCUGUGUACAAAGAGAAACUUUCAGUUUCGGCGGCCACUUGCUUUGUGCCUCGUAGUUAUCAUGAACCAGUUUUGAACUGCACCCACGUUCCCCGAGACGUCACUCAGCUCGUAUCCCAUAGGAUAUUUACCGAACUAUUGAGGCAGCCACCCAACUUGGACUGGCUUCAUUCUUACCGACUCGUCGUAUCCGAAUCGGGACAGAUUCAAACGUCGGACGGUCGGUGGUGGAACCCAGGUGAUGCUGCUACGGCCGAGAAGACCAUCCCAACCAAGACUGGCCAAAGACUCGGGACGCUUGCCGGUCCGGCAUCAGGCCGGGAUCUGAUUGGUUGA